UUCUACUUCUGUAUCAUUCAGAAAAUUUUUCUCAAUUGAAUGUAAUAUUUCUGAAAGCAAUGAUUGGAGUCAAAUGUUUAUUUGUAGUAAUUGCGUUAUAUGGUGUGUCAGCUGAUUGGUGGGAACACGAAGUUUUCUACCAAAUAUAUCCCAGGUCUUUUGCUGACAGUGACGGUGAUGGAGUUGGUGAUCUGAUAGGAAUAAAACAGCGAUUAGGACAUAUCAAAGAUGCGGGUAUUAAUUCCACAUGGAUCUCACCAAUUUUCAAAUCACCCAUGGUAGAUUUUGGAUAUGAUAUUUCUGAUUUUACUCAGAUUUAUAGUGAAUUUGGUACAGUUGACGAUUUUAAAGAACUUUCAGAUGAAGCCGCUCGUUUAGGCAUAAGACUGAUUAUGGACUUUGUGCCAAAUCAUACAAGUGACCAACAUGAAUGGUUUCAACUUUCAUUGAAUCGAACAGAAGGCUAUGAAGAUUUUUACGUGUGGGUAAAUGGUACCUUAGAUAGCGAAGGAAAUUUGCAACCACCAAAUAACUGGAUAAGUAAUUUUGGAAAUGGAGCAUGGACAUAUGAUGAAGGUCGUGGGCAAUUUUAUCUACAUCAAUUCUCACCAAAACAACCUGAUUUAAACAUGAGAAAUCCAAAAGUUCUUCAAGCGUUAAAAGACGUAAUGAAAUUUUGGUUAGACAUUGGAGUUUCUGGAUUUAGAGUUGAUGCUAUUCCAUUUUUCUAUGAAGAUAUUGAGUUACGAGAUGAACCACGCACAUAUGAUCCAACCGCAACACCAAAUGAUUACAAAUAUCUGAACCACAUUUACACUUUGAAUCAACCAGAAACAUAUGAUUUAAUUUACGAAUGGAGAGAAUUUUUGGAUAAUUAUAGUCGUGAAACUGAUAAUGUUACUAGAAUAAUGAUGACCGAAGCUUAUGCUGACAUCCAAGAAACAGUUUUGUAUUAUGGUGACGGUGAACGAAAAGGUGCCCAUUUGACCUUCAACUUCUUUUUACUAACUGACUUAAACAUAAAUUCAACUGCUUACGAUUUUAUGUUUACAAUUAAUAAAUGGAUUUCAUAUUUACCAGUUCAAUAUGUAUCAAAUUGGGUGGUUGGUAAUCAUGACAACCCACGUGUUGGAUCCCGAAUGGGUGCAGAACGCAUAGAUGGUAUAAAUAUGCUCGUUAUGUUUUUGCCUGGUGUUGGAGUCACAUAUUACGGUGAAGAAAUUGGUAUGCUUGACGGUUAUGUCAGUUGGGAAGAUACAAAAGAUCCUAUAGGAUUAACAGCUGGUCCACAAAAGUAUCAAGCAGUAUCUCGUGAUAUAGAACGUACACCAUUCCAAUGGGACGAUUCUAAAAAUGCUGGUUUUAGUAAAGGCAACAGCACAUGGCUGCCCGUUGCUAGCAAUUACAAAACAUUAAAUCUAAAAGCGGAAAAAGAAGCAAGCCAAAGCCAUUACAAAAUAUACCAACAAUUAAUUGAAUUACGUAAGAUAACAACAAUGAAAGAAGGUGAAUUAAUUGUUAAGGCAUUGAAUAAAAAUGUUUUAACUGCAUUAAGGUAUUUGCCUGGACAUGAAAGUUACGUUUAUGUUUUCAAUAUUGGAGCAAACACUGAAUUAGUGGAUCUAUCGCACUACGUUGAAAUUCAAAAUCAAUUGGAGGUUGUUCUUACAAGUGUAGACGCCAGUUUACCUAAAGGUACACAAGUAUCUAAACAAUUUAAUGUUGGUCCUUACGAAGCAUACAUUCUAGAGGUUUCGCCGGCAACUACUGCAUGAUUUUAUUCAAUUUAUACAAAAAUAUGAUGAAUAUGAAAGGAAUUUUGAAAAAUAAACAAUUAAUUCAUUGAAACGUUAUUUUAUUAAAUUAUCCAUUUUGUUAAUUGAGAAGUAGCUAUGAGAAUGGACAAAACUGAC